AUGGAGGAAGAUUUGGAGAAAUUCCUGAAGAACGUCGACCAAAUAAGUGAGCUGGUGAAAGAGUUCAAUACAUCUGACGUGAAAUCUCAAGAAAAGGCUGUGGAACGGGCGGAUCGUUUUUUAGCGUCCUUGAAUGACGAGGAAACAUGUAAAACUCGACUUAAUCGAACAGUAAUAAAUAACAAGCCCAGUCAUGCGAUUGGAUCAGCUGUAAGUAUUUUUACUUGCUUUGUGAGUAAAGAAAAUUUCAUGAAGUUUCUGGAAAAAGAUGCAGAAGAGAGGAGAAGGAGAAGAAAAAUUCAAGAAGUGCAAGCAAAUGCCCUAAAAGAGAAGGGCAAUGAGGCCUUCGCCCAGGGUGACUAUGAGAAGGCAGUUAAGUUUUACACCGAAGGAUUACAACAACAGCGUGACAUGCAGGCGCUCUACACAAAUAGAGCACAGGCCCUGAUUAAGUUGAGGAGAUAUAAGGAGGCCAUAAGUGAUUGUGAGUGGGCACUGAGGUGUAAUGAGAAAUGUAUCAAGGCAUAUGUGCAUAUGGGAAGAUCACAUCUAGCUCUCAAGAAUUACUCAGAGUCAAGAAUGUGCUUUCAGAAGAUUUUAGAUUUGGAGCCAGAGAGAGAGACAAUGGUUAAAGAUUAUCUGACAAAAGUGGAUCUUGAAGAAAAUAAAGACAGUCAGGAAAAGACAGCUUGGGAGGAGUUUGAAAAGGGAGAAGAGAAGGCCACAGUCAUGCCCCAACUACUGGAAAAGCUGGACCGACCCAAUGAAAUGCCUUUAUAUUACUGUGGAGGAGUCAAGCUUCUGUCACAGACUAUUACCGACUCCACUGGCCAGACAUUAUUCAGAUUAAACAAUGGCUUUAGUAUCGUCAAUGGCAAUAACGUCGUAAGGAGGUGUCUUUCACAGAAUGCAGGAGAGCCAUACUCUGAAGAGCUGUGUGUAUCUGUCCUCAAAUUGUGGAGGGUGAUUUGUAAUGGAAAUGACGAAAAUCAACAGAUGUUGAUUCGGUGUUCCAACACGAGCGAGCACCUUGUCCAGUUGUUGAUAUCACAGACAGAAGAGGUGCAGCUUGAAUGCCUAGCACUACUCGUUUCAUACUCACAGACCCAACUCGGGAGACGUCUGAUGAUUGAAAACCUGAAUCUCUCCACGUUUGUGGAGAACUUGAUGAGCUGCAUAUCCACUGAUAUCAACUUAGCACUCACUGCGCUUACUAUCCUCGAGGGCCUGGCAUCGGAAAAUAAGUUUCGAAGCCAAUCAAGAGAGAUUUUUACAACCUUGUUUGUUCCACCUUUUGAGAGUUUUCUGAAAAACAUCACUGAGUCCAACCAGAGAGUGUUACCAUCUUUUAUUUCUGUGAUCGGCACCAUGGCUUUGGAUGAUGUCAUAAGGAGAAAGGUUGCAAACAUGAAAGAGUUCUGGGAGGCAUCUUUCACUGCGAUGGAGCAAUGCACUUGCUGUGAAUACAGAAUCGUCCUCUAUCCACUACUGGGUUUAAUGAUCAACAUCUCCUCUAAUCCCUCUCUGGCUGUACAGGACUAUGCAGAUGGCAUUUGCUCCGGGUGCCUCAACCUGCUGAGUGAUUGUGAAGGAGGCAUCAUUACAAGAGCUGCAGGUUUGCUGAGUACAGUUCUUAUUAAAUCUCAAGAUGCCACUCAAAAUGUUGUGGAAAAGGGAAUUGUGAAGAAACUGCUGAGACUCCUAAAGGGAGCAGGUCAGACUACCUCUAGGUACUCCAUUAAAACUCUGGCUGUGUGCACCGCCUCCAGUCAGCAGGCCUGUGAAGAGCUGGUUAUGCACGACAAGAGACUUCAAACCCUCAGGAAGCUGCUGGGUUCUAAUGAUGAACUGGUGGUGGGGAAUGCAGCUCUUUGUUUGGGACACUGCUUAGCAGUCCAGGGAGCUGCUGCCAGUCUCUUGGGCACAGACAUUGUGAUGCCUCUCCUCCGUCAUGCUGCAGGGGAUACAAAGAGAUCGGCUGUGCAGCAGAACGCUGCCAUCGCACUGGGAAAGCUGUGCAAAACAGAGCCUAGGCAUAUGGUGAAACUCAGGGAACUUCAUGGCUUAGAAAUAUUGCACUCCUGUAUGAAGUUAAUCACGUAA